CGUACGUGGCGCAGGAGGAGGAAAUAGUAACAGUGUCAACACUGUGAAGCAAAGACGUUUUCUAGCGCAGCUACUGAGAAACAACUGGGUCUGAAAAACGGUGACGGAUGAGAAACGCUGACAGUCCCGGUUGUUUUCUUACAGAUACUCGACGACGUCCAUAUUAGAGCAGCAGAUUUAAACAGCAAUGCCCGAAAAACAUGUCCCUCAAAGAAGAUAACGAGGGCAAAAAGAGGCCUCAUCACACUGAUUUGUAUGUCAGCAUCCCGCAGUCAUGUCUGCCCAUCGUGUACCACCCAGACUACAACAUCACCUUUCUGGGCCUUGAAAAGCUCCAUCCAUUUGAUGCAGGGAAGUGGGGGAAAGUCAUACACUUCCUGAAAGAGGAGCAGUUCAUCACCGAUGGGAACGUUGUGGAAGCCCUUGAAGCCACUGAGGAGGAUCUGCUGGUAGUCCACACCAAACGCUACCUCAGCAGACUGAAGUGGUCUCUGGUGGUCGCAACAAUCACAGAAAUCCCACCUCUCCUGUUUCUACCCAACUUCCUGGUACAGCGGAAAGUGUUGAGGCCUUUACGGACCCAGACAGGAGGAACAAUAAUGGCUGGAAAACUGGCUGUAGAUCGAGGAUGGGCCAUAAAUGUUGGGGGAGGCUUCCAUCACUGCUCCAGUGACAAGGGAGGGGGCUUCUGUGCCUACGCCGACAUAACCCUGGCCAUCAAGUCGUCCAACAGCCUAAUGUCUGUGCUGGGCACUGAAUGUGACCAUGGUUGGGACCCAGAAAUGGACACCUUGGUGUUUCUCUUCUGGCGGGCCAGCGCCACCUCUUAUCGUGUGGUUGCAAGGGCUUUUGACAUGCCUUGGGCAACCAUUCACCGGGCAGUGCACAGGGUGAGUGUGAAGAUCUCUGGCCUCCUCUACCAAGUGGUCCGCCAUCCCACUGCAGAGGAUCUCCCUCGUUUGGGUGCCCACUUCGCCCGUCUUGCUGGAUCUGCAGCCUUUAACCAAGUGGUGGGAGCCACAGAUGGUUGCUAUGUCUGGGUGAAGCCCCCUGCAGAAGCUGUUCCACUCAGUCUAGCUGCAAGCCAUCUGUGA